AUAAAGCCCUACGAACCUUCUGAGUGGGAGGAUAAUGAACCCGCAGCAAAACCUCAAACUACUCUCGUCAUCAGACUCCCCCGCUUCUUUUGCUCGCGUAUCUCUAUCCUUACAAAAAGGUGAGUGGCUCUGAGGACAAAAACGUCUUUCCUUUGCUGUGCAUGAGCAGACCAAAGUCGGCAAAGUUAUCUGCGACGAGAAUGAGUUAUAGGCAGAUGACGUAAUGAUCUGCGAUGUAUCAAACGUCGGGAAAAAAUAAUUUUUGAAUAAAAAUACCGCAAAGCAGGAAGAAAAGGUAAAGCCCUUGGGCUUAAAGCACUGUUUGUCAAUUAGUUUCAAGAAAAGAGGAUCCUCUCUAGGACUGAGGAGUGAGAUGCAUGUUGUCACACAGUUAAAAACUGGUUGUAUGCAUUCAGAUUCUUACCAGAAUUACGCAGCUCUUGUAAAAGGUGUCAAAUUGUUGGUUGUUCUUUCCCAGUCUAGAAGUGUGCGCUGUUUGACAAGCCCAGCUGGAAUCGUCAACCCCUUCAAGAUGGCAGGUGUGAUUCCUGCUAUUCUUCACGCAGUCAUCCCAGGAUUUUGUCGAAUAGCACACGUGGCAUCUCAAAGAAAAGCCUGA